AUGUGUACGUGUGAUGUCGGUGCCAUGUCACUAUGCACCAGUGAGACGUGUUCGUGUGAUGUCAGUGUCAUGUCACAAUGUAUGCGUGAGAUGUGUACGUGUGAUGUCAGUGUCAUGUCACUAUGCACCAGUGAGACGUGUUCGUGUGAUGUCAGUGUCAUGCCACUAUGUAUGAGUGAGAUAUGUACGUGUGAUGUCAGUGUCAUGUCACUAUGUAUGAGUGAGAUGUGUACGUGUGAUGUCAGUGUCAUGUCACUAUUUAUGAGUGAGAUGUGUACGUUUGAUGUCAGUGUCAUGUCAAUAUGUAUGAGUGAGAUGUGUACGUGUGAUGUCGGUGCCAUGUCACUAUGCACCAGUGAGUCGUGUUCGUGUGAUGUCAGUGUCAUGCCAUUAUAUAUGAGUGAGAUAUGUAAGUGUGAUGUCAGUGUCAUGUCACAAUGUAUGAGUGAGAUGUGUAAGUGUGAUGUCAGUGUCAUGUCACUAUGUAUGAGUGAGAUGUGUAAGUGUGAUGACAGUGUAAUGUCACUAUGUAUGAGUGAGACGUGUACGUGUGAUGUCAGUGUCAUGUCACUAUGCAUGAGUGAGAUGUGUACGUGUGAUGUCAGUGUUAUGUCACUAUGUAUGAGUGAGAUCUGUACGUGUGAUGGCAGUGUCAUGUCCCUAUGUAUGAGUGAGAUAUGUACGUGUGAUGUCAGUAUCAUGGCACAAUGUAUGAGUGAGAUGUGUACGUGUGAUAUCAGUGUCAUGUCCCUAUGUAUGAGUGAGAUAUGUACGUGUGAUGUCAGUAUCAUGGCACAAUGUAUGAGUGAGAUGUGUACGUGUGAUGUCAGUGUCAUAUCACUAUGUAUGAAUGAGAUGUGUACGUGUGAUGUCAGCGUCAUGUCACUAUGUAUGAGUGAGACGUGUACGUGUGAUGUCAGUGUCAUGUCACUAUGUAUGAGUGAGACGUGUACGUGUGAUGUCAGUGUCAUGUCACUAUGUAUGAGUGAGAUGUGUCCGUGUGAUGGCAGUGUCAUGUCCCUAUGUAUGAGUGAGAUAUGUACGUGUGAUGGCAGUGUCAUGUCCCUAUGUAUGAGUGAGAUAUGUACGUGUGAUGUCAGUGUCAUGUCCCUAUGUAUGAGUGAGAUAUGUACGUGUGAUGUCAGUGUCAUGGCACAAUGUAUGAGUGAGAUGUGUCCGUGUGAUGGCAGUGUCAUGUCCCUAUGUAUGAGUGAGAUAUGUACGUGUGAUGGCAGUGUCAUGUCCCUAUGUAUGAGUGAGACGUGUACGUGUGAUGUCAGUGUCAUGUCACUAUGUAUGAGUGAGAUGUGUAAGUGUGAUGACAGUGUAAUGUCACUAUGUAUGAGUGAGACGUGUACGUGUGAUGGCAGUGUCAUGUCCCUAUGUAUGAGUGAGAUAUGUACGUGUGAUGGCAGUGUCAUGUCCCUAUGUAUGAGUGAGACGUGUACGUGUGAUGUCAGUGUCAUGUCACUAUGUAUGAGUGAGAUGUGUAAGUGUGAUGACAGUGUCAUGUCCCUAUGUAUGAGUGAGAUAUGUACGUGUGAUGGCAGUGUCAUGUCCCUAUGUAUGAGUGAGACGUGUACGUGUGAUGUCAGUGUCAUGUCACUAUGUAUGAGUGAGAUGUGUAAGUGUGAUGACAGUGUAAUGUCACUAUGUAUGAGUGAGACGUGUACGUGUGAUGUCAGUGUCAUGUCACUAUGCAUGAGUGAGAUGUGUACGUGUGAUGUCAGUGUUAUGUCACUAUGUAUGAGUGAGAUCUGUACGUGUGAUGGCAGUGUCAUGUCCCUAUGUAUGAGUGAGAUAUGUACGUGUGAUGUCAGUAUCAUGGCACAAUGUAUGAGUGAGAUGUGUACGUGUGAUAUCAGUGUCAUGUCCCUAUGUAUGAGUGAGAUAUGUACGUGUGAUGUCAGUAUCAUGGCACAAUGUAUGAGUGAGAUGUGUACGUGUGAUGUCAGUGUCAUAUCACUAUGUAUGAGUGAGACGUGUACGUGUGAUGUCAGUGUCAUGUCACUAUGUAUGAGUGAGAUGUGUACGUGUGAUGUCAGUGUCAUGUCACUAUGUAUGAGUGAGAUGUGUCCGUGUGAUGGCAGUGUCAUGUCCCUAUGUAUGAGUGAGAUAUGUACGUGUGAUGGCAGUGUCAUGUCCCUAUGUAUGAGUGAGAUAUGUACGUGUGAUGUCAGUGUCAUGUCCCUAUGUAUGAGUGAGAUAUGUACGUGUGAUGUCAGUGUCAUGGCACAAUGUAUGAGUGAGAUGUGUACGUGUGAUGUAAAAGUCAUGUCACUAUGCAUGAGUAAGAUGUGUACGUGUGAUGUCAGUGUCAUGUCACUAUGUAUGAGUGAGAUGUGUCCGUGUGAUGGCAGUGUCAUGUCCCUAUGUAUGAGUGAGAUAUGUACGUGUGAUGUCAGUGUCAUAUCACUAUGUAUGAAUGAGAUGUGUACGUGUGAUGUCAGUGUCAUGUCACUAUGUAUGAGUGAGACGUGUACGUGUGAUGUCAGUGUCAUGUCACUAUGUAUGAGUGAGACGUGUACGUGUGAUGUCAGUGUCAUGUCACUAUGUAUGAGUGAGAUGUGUACGUGUGAUGUCAAAGUCAUGUCACUAUGUAUGAGUAAGAUGUGUACGUGUGAUGUCAGUGUCAUGUCACCAUGUAUGAGUGAGAUGUGUACGUGUGAUGUCAGUGUCAUUCACAAUGCAUCAGUGAGAUGUGUACGUGUGAUGUCAGUGUCAUGGCACAAUGCAUCAGUGAGAUGUGUACAUGUGAUAUAA